AUGGCCAGCUGCUUGGCACCCGCGUUGCUGCUACUACUGCUUCUAGGGUCACCGAGCGCUGUCGCACCGAACCGAUGCGUGGACGCGGCCGACGCGUGCACCGCGGAUGCGCGAUGCCAGCGGUUGCGCACCGCGUACGUGGUGCAGUGCCUGGGUCGGGCCGCGCCGGGGGGCUGCCCCCGCGCCCGCUGCCGCCGCGCCCUGCGCCGCUUCUUCGCCCGCGGGCCGCCCGAGCUUACCCACGCGCUGCUCUUCUGCCCGUGCGGCGGCCCCGCAUGCGCCGAGCGCCGGCGCCAGACCUUCGUGCCCUCCUGCGCCUUCUCGGGGCCUGAACCGGCCCCGCCCUCCUGCCUCGCGCCCUUAGACGCCUGCGAGCACAGCCGGGUCUGCAGGUGCUGGAGGAGGUGGAGUAGAGGGAGGGGGCGGGCCCACUCACCGCCUUCCGACCGCUCCGUGCAGGCCCCGCCUCCUGGCCUUCCAAGCCUCCUGCGCGCCCGCCCCCAGCAACCCGGAUGGCUGCCUUCGAGACCAGGUCCCCAGCUGCCUGCGCGCCUACGCCGGCCUCAUUAUCCUGCUUUCGGGGUCUCGGCAGGCACCGCCGUCACCCCCAACUACGUGGACAACGGAAGCGCGCGCGUGGCGCCCUGGUGCGACUGCGGAGCCAGCGGAAACCGGCGCGAGGAGUGCGAAGUCUUCCGGGGGCUCUUUACAAGGAACCGCUGCUUGGACAGAGCCAUACAGGCCUUUGACAGUGGGUGGCCCUCAGUCCUACACGACCAGCUGGACCCCCACCAGGACCCUGAGCACAGCCUCCUACAGGUGUCCUCUGCAGAUGCGUCCCUGGAGGGGAGCUCCAUGCUCUCCAUGCUCCCUGUUCUGGCUCUCCAGCCCCUGCUCUGACUAGGACAGCAGACCUUGGACAACAGCCAACUGUCCCACCCUGCCUGGCCUCAUUGGUGACCUACUGCCCCACUGAAAAGGGACUGGCUUACCUCCCAAGCUGGCCCCAGUGCUCUUGCCCUACUGCCCUUUGCAGGUCUGGACACUUUUAUCAUGUUUUAAGGGUAGACUUAAACAGACUUGUAGGCAAAACUCCCUCUGAACAGACUUGUAGGCAAAACUCUCUCUACUACUCCAGCUGUCAUGGCAUCCUCCCAGUUAGGCACCACCCAUCAUGAUAGCCACCUGCACCCCAUAACUAACGUUGGCAAAGUGUUUCCUUUCCACGAUAUGCUGCUUGUUGGACACCACCUAGAGUGAGAAUCCAGUUCCCUACAUUGCACUGGCCAUAUGGCCAUCUUCCCAAUGGUUCAACCUGGCACUAGGAAUGGCA